AAGUAUGAACGGGUAUAAAAAGAGGGUUUAGUCGAUGAAUAGGUUUCAGUUAUUGGCUGAAUCCGAGACAGACAAACCAGCAAGGCUGCUGCAUUGAAAAGAACAAUGAAGUUGUUGGUCUUGGCUUUAACCAUCGCCCUGCUGUUUACAGCUGGUGAAGCUCUGAACUGCCACCGGUGUAUGUCCAAAAAGGCUGGAGCAACCUGUGUGCUCAGUGUGGAGACCUGUCAACCAGGGAAGGAUGGAUGUGCUGCUGCAAGGUUCCUCAGAGAACCAUAUGGCCAGUUCCAGAGAUGCAUAGCUCUGUCUGACUGCGAGAUGUUGAAGAUGAAUUCAUACAUCGACAUCAAGUGCUGUAGCGACGACAUGUGCAACACCUAUUAAAAUUCAAAAAUAAUGUUAAUAUCUGGACUAAAAAACUGUGCUAGAGUACCUCUGAGCAAGGCACUUCAACCAACUGUGAUUGAAUGAAUUGGAAGCAGCUACUUGUUCCUCUGUAAACCCUUUCCUCAAACAAAUUAAAAAGCUGUAAAAA